AUGUCGUCUCCGGUAUUUGAGCACUCUGCCCAUGAGACGCACACUGCCCUGCACCGCUGGAACGCGCCCAAUGUGCAGAAGUGGAUGACUAAGUGGCAGCACGGCAAUAUCUCGUCACAGGACCUGCUGAUGCGGUUCGUCGCUGGACUCCCCAACGUGAAGCGCCAGGAGGGCGAUCAGCAUGUCUUCAGAGAGCCAAAGGGCGGUUGGGUGGAACAUAUGGUGUUUGAAACGACCUUCCCCACAAAGGCAAGCUACAAGUCGUACUGGCACGGGGCGACGUUCCACUGCCUCCCCAGCAUUCUACAAUAUGGGCUUAAGAACUCGAGCGACACCCGCAUCCACGAGUGCACGGACGUCGGCGUGCAUGUGGCUGACACGCUCACGUGGGGCGGCGCCUUCUACCACGGCGUCGCCACGCGGUUCUCAGAGCACCCCGACUUCAGCAUCCCGUACACCCGCAUCGUUCUGAAGGUCGGAUGCGAUGGGCCCCCGAAGACCAGCCGUUCUUACGGGGAUUGCUACCAGCUGAUCUUCGACGAAAAGCAGAUCGUCGUCGAAGAGAUUCACUUGUUUCGUGGCUAUGGCUUCGCAAACAAGGGUGAUAAGUACUUCGAGCGCGUCGGCCCCCUGGCCAAGGCGCUGCCCGCGGCGGAGGCUUUCGGUCGGAGCUAUUGCUGCGCUGACCGUGACGACACCAUUUCUCCCCUGAUCGUCCCCAAGGACAGUUCCGUGCCAGAUGAUGUGCGGGCGGCCGUGGAGAGGCGCAAGAGGAUCCACGGCGCCGAGCAGUCGGAUACCAUCUUCGCAGAUAUAUUCCAGAAGGUCAACGCGAAGAAGGGCAAGGGCCGGCUCAGCCAGGUGCGCGCGACGUCCGUGGCCAAGAACACGGGGCUCGUCGCCGACACCGAGAAGUACACGCAGAUCGUGGCCCUGACUGUGGACGUGGGGACCGUGCAGCACGUGCAAAUGAUCUGGAUUAUACUGGGCGACCGCCUUCUCCGCGCCCACAACGGACGGGCUUACUUCUACGAUCAACGUCUCGGUUACUUCGACGUCUUCGACGGCCUCCUCCCGCCAGAGCUGCUCUUCGCGGCGUCUCGCUUCAUGCUGACUCUGGAAGGAAUAUUCAGGGAUUUCCCGUGCGGCGUGGAGCGAGUGGAUUCCGCCGUGAUCACUGCCAUCGACAGCGCUGUUGAGAACGCGGUUGCGAAGAUCAACGGAGACAUAUCUUACGCAGUUAAGGAGGCGGCCGCGCUCGUCUCGUUCCGCGACAACUGCGUGUUCAACAAGGGCAAUGCGAUCUUGCAGAAAGCAAAAGGCAAGGGCAAGGGGAUUGCGGCGCAGGCGCCCGAUGGCGAGGGCGAAGGCGAGGGGCGGGGGCGCGGUGCCGAGGACGCCGAAGGCGACGACCUCACCAGGGCCUCCGACGCGUGGCACAUCGCAGUCGCCCAGACAAUCAGUAAGGUAUCGACCAAAUUACAGACAGAACUUCUCAGCAGCAAAAUCAUGUCGUACUUUAUUGAAUGGUGCUCUCAGGACACCAUGCGAUCUGCUGGCGUCGCCUACGAAGACUGCAUCGUGAAGUACGAUGUGCUGGGUAAUCCUGUGACAUUUUCUUCUGAGCGAUCACCUGAGAACUCGGUUUACAUUGGCAUCCGCUCGCAGCUCCUGUCCACUGACCCCGUGCUCGACGCGGCGGUGGUCCGCGUGCAGAAGAUAUAUUCACAGACGUUCUGGUCCACUCCAGAUGCUUUCGUGUUCGGGCAGGCGGCCCAGGCGCUCGCGAAGAGAGGCUACAAUGUUGACACUAUCACAGUGUAUUGGGGACCUGGCGGCGUCGGUUUGAGUCUGCUUACGAGCCAUUUGGAGGCGAUGUACGGCCACAAGAAUCACAAAUACUUUGAUCCUAAUGUAUUUUUCGUCGAUGACGAGUUACGCAAGGUGGUCGAGCUGCUGGUCGACGGCUUUAUCUUCACAGGUCAAGAACGACCCAGCGGACAACGCGGAACGAUGCGGGAGGAUUGCGGCUCUGGCGUCAAACGCGCCGCGGCUGGUAUAUUGGUUACUCGCGCCCCGGCAGCCGAAGAGCGCGCCGCCCGCGUCGCGCUCUUCAGAGUCGGGGACUCACUCAAGAAAUUUGCCACAGCGGAGGGUGCUUCUGGAAGACUUCCGUAUUCAAUCUUGACCAAGAUGUUUCGCAUUGUGGGUUGGAAGAGACUCGAGGUCAACAAGUUCCUGGUGUUCGACGAUAUCACUGAGCAGAACGUGGAGUCGUUGAUGCGCAGGCUUGCCGUGGUGAAGAUACAGGCGCGGUUUUUCGAUCGCAUGUAUGUUGAGCAGAACUUCGGCGACGCCGCGGCCGCCGGGAUCUUCGCCCGCGACCCAGAUGCGAAGGAGUUUCUCAUGUCCUCCGUCGGCGUCGCCGCUGGGCAUCGAGUGCAGUUCGCCUUCGAGGACGAUAACGGCGCGGAGGCGUGUCGCGACAUUAUCGUUCGGUAUGCCCGCUGCGUUGGCGAUCGAGGAAUUACGGAGAAGUCGCUGCGGCAGGCUUGCGGCCUCCUCGAGAAGACGUCGAACGUGGCUGGGUCCCUGCAGGCGGAGAUCGACGCGCCCAACUCGCAGGAGCACGGGUGCAAAGCCCCCAAGGAGUGGUUAGAUUUCAGCAUGGCACUCAUUCAAGAAUGUCAAAAGAAAAACAUGGACUUCCUUACGCUUCCAGCUUUCAAGGCGAUGACGCUGCCGACCAGUUGCAAGCUUCCUGCCCCUAAGCCGAAGGCCUUUCAGCGCCUGCAGACAGAGGGCCUAUGGGUGGGCAUCGGAACAGUGGGCAAGGCGGCCGAUCGCAUCGCGCCGCGCAUACGCACCAAGAACGGCAUGAGCGCGCUGAUCGACGAGAGCUUGAUGGGCGCGUGCAACUACCCAGAGGUUUGCGACAUGAAGUCCUUUCGGUCAGUAUUCUUUGAGCACGGAGCACGCAAAACUAACGCUAUGGUUCUGGCGGAUGCACUGGGCAAAGGCAUUCGGCGCCCCGGCCGACAGGCUGCCGAGAAGGCUGCGCGCGAGGCGGCGUGGUCGGAGAGGGCUGAAUCAGUUCGACACAUGGAGUCUUUCAUCGAUACUUUGGCGAGCAGGGACAAGCGCGCUCAGGAAAUCAAGAGGAAGCGCGUUUCGGCCAAGGGCAGCGGCCCGAGCUCGCAGGGGGAGUCGGCUCAUUUCGACGACGAGGCUCCGAUUACGGUUUCCACGGGGUACCAUCACAAGGUGGAGUGGUCUCGCCUCUUCGUCGACGACUCUGUGGGCGCGCAGUCCAUGGACCAGCGCUUGCAGAAGGUUUUGCUCACCAACACGUUCGAUUUGGACAUGGAGAACUUCUUGUUCUGCAUCCUUCCGCAGAUGUUGAAGCGGCUGAGCCUCCUGGACGAGAAGGUUUUCGCAGAAGAAUUUGCAGUCCUUGAUCGUCUCCAAAAGAAUCGGCGCGAAGUUUGCGAGCAGGAACUCGGCGUGGGAAUGUCUGUCGGCAAAAGGAUUAUCUUGGAGGUCGCGUGCGGGGCAUCCGCGCCCGCUGGUUUCAAGGGGAAUGAGUUCCUUGCUGCCCUGUCCAGGGCGUCCAGGAUGCUGAGGUGGCUGGCGGUUUCGCUGCUGCCUGACGUGCACCGCGCGAUGCAACAGCAGGAGGGGAAACGGGCGGAGGCUUCUACAUUUAGUUAUCUAUGGCAGGGCGUAGAGAACAACAUAUUGCAGCACGUCGUCAAUUUCAUAUGCGAGGAGCGCGUGAAGCACCUGCCCUUGCAUUUCGACGGCGCGCGCGUGGACGUGGACCGCGUCGCCGCGACGGGGAGCUUGGGAGAUUUCUGCUCGGGCUGCUCUGAGCGAGUUCACGCCGCCACCGGCUACGCCGUCACGUUGCGCAACAAGGAGCAUUCCUAUUUAUUCGACCUCCUGCGUGCGAAGAGCGCGGCAGUCGUUGAUGAGGGCGGCCCGCGCAGCAACGAAGACAACAAGCAUCUGUUUCUACGGGGCAACUGCAUACCCUGCGCGUUCGCAGCAGCGACUGAUCAGCGGCAGAGCGUGCGAGAGAAGAUGUUGGAGCAGCCGGUCGAGGAUGUCAGGAAGUACCGCGACGUGGCAGAAGUGCUGGGCACGAGAUUAUUUCCGCGGGCGAGCCUCCUGGACUGCCAGGAAGGGGGCUACCUUCUUCACGCGGAGAACGGCGGGCUUCCGCAUUGCGUCGGCGCGCUGAUCCAGGGCGGGAGCGUUGUGAUCUGCGAGAAGGGCGCUGCUCGUAAGAUGAGUGUUUUUGAUUUCGAGGAAUGCUACGCCAGCGCGCUCGACAUGAAGAUGGUCGUGGCUUUCCGUCUGGGCGAUAGCAUUGAUGCUGAGGAGAGCGCGCGGCUGGACGGGCUGCUGGAUCUCCUGGCUGCUGGCCGAUGGGAUGAUGACGGGCCGACUCCGCCGUCGAGGAAGCGACGUCGCCUCGCCUCCAAGGCGGCAAGAGCAACGCGCGGCAGCCCUGUGUCAUCGUCUUCGCCGUCCCCGACACCUUCAGCGCGCUCCGCGACCCGUUCGAACAUCAACUCCAGGCGCCACAAUGAGAACCUCAAUUUCUUCGAACUGCUGCACGCGAAGGGCUUGGCGGUGCACGAUUACGACAGCGGCGCGCCGAGCAGUGCGGACGACCAGCUGUUUCGGCGCGGCAACUGCAUACCCUGCGCGUUCGCAGCAGCGACUGGACAGUGGCAGAGCGUGCGAGAGAAGAUUGUGGAGCAGCAGGCCGAGGAUUUCAGGAAGUACCGCGACGUGGCAGAGCUGCUGGGCACGCGAUUUCUCCCGCGGACCAGUCUCCAGGAUUGCACUGAGGGGUGCUACCUUCUUCACGCGGAGAACGGCGGGCUUCCGCACUGCGUCGGCGCGGUGAUCCAAUGCGGGGAGGUCGUGAUCUGCGAGAAAGGCAAGGCGCAGAAGAUGAGCGCGUCCGUUUUCGCGGAGUGCUACGCCAGCGCGCUCGACAUCAAGACGGUCGUGGCUUUCCGCCUGGAUGAUGGCAUUGACGAUGACGAGAGCGCGCAGUUGGACGGGCUGCUGGAUCUACUGGCCGCUGGAGACGACGAGGGCAGCGAAGCCAGUUGCGACGAGGAGAGCUGUGACGAAGGCACUGUAGACGUACGCUCCGAGCUACUGCGGGCGCUGAAGGCGGAGGUGGACGCCGCGAAAGCGGCCGUGGGUCGCGGCCGCCAGUCGCGUUGCAUUCUCUGCCCCUUCAAGGAGUUCGACAUGAGCAGCCCCAAGGCGAAGCGGAACUUGCUGACGCACCUGUCGAAUUAUCAUAACCCAGAGAAGAAGAGCCAACGAACUGGUACGAGGCAGAUGGGCUGCGGUAACUACGUGGCGCCUGGCACGAAGCAGAUGAAGAUGGUGUUCGCGAUGUUCGAUUCCGACCGAUGCCAGGGAAAAAGCCAGGGACGGUAUCUCGAACGCAGUGCCCGGAUGUUGCGACAGAGUGUGAAGCCUGCGCUGACCUGCCUCAGGAUUGAUCGCGACAUCCGUCUCCUGUUGGACGGCGCUGGCCCGACGUUCAUCAACGCAGCCGCUGUCCAGUCCCGGCCGUUCGAGGGCCCGACGACGCUGGCGAGGCGCGUCGGGGAUACGUACUAA